CCUUUUUGUUAUAGCUUUUAAAGCAUUUCUAUCAUUUUGAAAUGUUAUUUGUUUUGUAAGAGAAAAGCGGAAACUCAACCUGGAUAUGCGCUUUUAAAUUCCUUAUCGUUUAUGACGAAGAGACGACUGUCGGUUGGAAGAAUCGUGCCAAACCUCAACAUUUCCCAACACAGCUGAGAAAAUAUGGCGGCUGUGAAUGUACACAGUACAAAUGCUUCAGAAAAUAAUCUAAGUCGUCAUGAUAUGUUGGCUUGGAUCAACGAUACUCUGCAAACAAGUUACACAAAAAUUGAAGAGCUUUGUUCGGGAGCAGCAUACUGCCAGUUCAUGGAUCUCCUUUUUCCUGGUAGCGUGAUACUAAAAAAAGUAAAAUUCAAUACAAAAUUAGAACAUGAAUUCAUACAAAAUUUCAAGCAGCUUCAAGCCUGUUUCCAGAAAUUAGGAGUAGAUAAGAUAGUACCUGUUGAAAAACUUGUCAAGGGCAAAUUUCAAGACAACUUUGAGUUUGUGCAGUGGUUUAAAAGAUUUUUUGAUGCAAAUUAUGGAGGUCAGGAAUAUGAUCCAGUUUCAGCUAGAGGAGGAGAACAACUAGGACAGGUUGCGAAAACUGGAGCUAUAAAUAAGGCCCCGACAGCCAAGCCUUCAGUUUCUAAAACUAGUCAACCUCCACCACAAAGAAUAGUGAAACAACCAAGUAAAAGUCCUGCUAGUAAUUUGGUCAGGAGGUCGCCUGGUGCACCUAAUCACUCUGCUGGUGGGGAUAGUCAAGUCAUAGAAGAACUGAAAGGACAGAUAGAACAGUUGAAUAUUGAUAAAGAAGGAUUGGAAAAAGAGAGAGAUUUCUACUUUAACAAGUUGCGUGAAAUUGAAGUUAUCUGCCAAGACAAUGAAGGGAUGCCUCACAUCAAAGAAAUCAUGGAUGUUCUCUAUGCAACUGAGGAAGGAUUUGCUCCACCUGAAGAUGACCCCGAACUGGAUGGCGGAGAGCAGGAAGAAUAUUAAUAACCAUUUCCAUCAGAACAUUUCCCAAGAAGAAGCCCUUGUGAGAAAUUUGAGACAAGAAAUUGUAUUGUUUCUGAACACCAGCAUUUGUUUCAUCCCUUUGUAUAUUGGUUCAGGUGGGGAGAAAAUGAUGGCCACUGUCUGAAUGAAUGCACUUUUUUUUUGUCUUUUCAAACUUUACCUUGUCUGUCUUUGAAUGGAUGCACUUUUUGUCCUUUCAAAAUUCUGUCUUCUUUGUUCACUGUGCCACUGUGUGCUUGGUAAUGUGUUCACUCUCUUUCUAGAAUUGUUUAGUGUAAUCAUGGCUGAAGCAUGCCUAUUGGAGAAAAAUGAUAAUUAUCUUGUGUCCCAUUGGUCACUCUGUCUUAGGUUGCUCAUUAUAAAUCAUCAAGACCAUUGGCUGUCACUCCUCUCUGGGGAUAGAAAUCUAUAAAUAUUCAUGUUUGUACAACACCUCUAUUUAUUAUUCUUUUUUUUUUAUAUAUAUAUAUAUAUUAUUGAUUACAACUUUAUGACUCACGCCAAUAUUAUUCAAGCUAAACAUUUUUGCUAAGUAGCAGCAAUAGACUUGAAUAGUUAAGAAAUAGUAACUCUUCCAAGUAUCCAAUAUUGGUUCAGUGAUACUCUUAACAAAUGUGUAAUUAGCAAAACAAUUUAUAAAUAAGGAUUGAAAAUCUCAAGAUUAUUUUCUCUCACAUAUUUCUGUUUAUGUAUUUUUUGUUGUUAAAAUUGUUUCCAAAAAAGAAAUCUAGUUUUAUCAGUUGUAGUCAAAUGACACUGACUAUAUAUUCCACUCAUGAUUGAAGAAGCUAACCUAGGACAGUGUCUUUGUGAAGUCUAACAGCCUUAUGAGUUGACAAAGCAGGAGUGUUGCUUGUUUCAUUCUGCUUAUCUGUGGACUUCCAUGUUUGAAGCUGUGAUUAUUUGUCAGCCUGACUGUUAUGUUUUCAAAUACAAGACAGAAAUGUGUUGUUUUUUUUUCUGCUGCUUUGCCUUACACUCAAAGAAUGCCACCACUACUGCAUUAUCAGUGAGGUACAUUGAUUCUUAUCUGACAGUGCUACAGGCACAGUCUCUAAUUCUUGUUCUAUAAAUGGUAUUUAUAACUAUUACAGAGAUAGAGGGCAAAAAAUUUCCUUGAACAAUUUUAAAAUCUAUAUAUUAGACAAUGAAAUUUUUUUUACGAUCGAUGUUAACAAAAUUUGUUAGAAUGAAAUAUCUAUGAUUUGAGAAUGAAAUAUCUAUGAUUUGGAAUGCAAGUAAUUCUAAGCCAUUUAAAUCCUGCUUACGUGUGGAAGGAAAUUUUGUUUUCUUCUCAAUUGACCAUGUGUUUUUAAUUUUGUACUGCUAGUUUAAUAACAUUUCUAGUAAUUAGAAUUACUUCUUAAGUUGUUUUCUCUUUUUUUUUUAUACCUUUAAUUUUCAAGUAGUAGACUUAAGAUUGAACAAAUAGUAAGGUAGGAAAGCCUGACAAUCAUUGGCUUGUAUUGUUUCAAAUAUACCUUUGUAUAUAAAUAAAAGACAUUUCAUAAUU